AUGAGUGACCAUACAGCCAUACCAGAGGUUUACAGAUGUGAUUUUGAAGCCAGCUCAUGGACAUCUGAUUGUUCUUUACAACAGUAUGGUGGUUCAACAUACUGGUAUCACUCUACUUACACUUCUACAUCAGGGACUGGUCCAGGCUAUGCACAUGGAGGCAGAUACUUUAUUUAUCUAGAAUCAGACUACACUAUUACUGGAGGAAAUGCUGUUCUUUCUGUUAACCCAAACUUAAAUUUCAAUGGUACAAGUUGUAUGGUGUUCUAUUACUUCAUGUAUGGAAGCACUAUGGGAACUUUACAAGUGAACCAAACAUUACAAAACGGCAGAGCAGAGAUCAUCUGGCAGAGACAAGGGAAUCAGGGAUAUGAGUGGAAACAAGCCUAUGUCACCCUCAAGGGACUUAAUAAAAAUGAUUUGAUGUUAGGGUGUGCUGUAGUGGCAGGGUUUGAUUUGAGGGUGUGCUAUGGUGGCAGGGUCACUAUAGAAGCUGUGAGAGGGCCAGGCUUAUAUUCAGACAUAGCAAUUGAUGAUUUGUACAUCUUCAAUGGGACAUGCAACCCUUCUCUGUGCAGUCUGUAUUCAGAGCCAAGUGUAAACUGUACUUUUAAUGGAGCAUCCUGUAACUAUAGCAGCACAGGCUCUGACUCCCAGUGGCAGAUCCAUGGAUUGUACAGUUAUGGAAUAGGUCUUCCAGACGAUCAUACAUCUGGCAAUGGUUCUUUCAUGUACUACCAAAACUUGAAUGGAAAUGAAGGUGACAGCGCUACUUUAAAGUCACCCAACUUUUCAUCGCCUGCAAAUGCACACUUAAGAUUUUACUACCACAUGAAUGGAGCCAUGACAGGGCACUUCACAGUGUGGGCUGAAGAUGGAGAGGGGCGGCGACUGGGGGACGUAUUACUCCAGAAACAGGGAGAGCAAGGAAACCACUGGUACAGCUUCUGCUCAGCAAUACCAUCUAACACGGAAAUGUCACUGAUUUUCAAGGCCACUCGAGGCACACAAGGACUUAAUCACAUCGCCAUUGAUGAUGUUGUGGUGGACAGUGAGAAUUGUCCCUAUGGCUUAAAAGAUGCAGUUUGUGACUUUGGACAACCUGACAUUUGUGGCUACUCGGUGAAUUGCACAGAAUGUAAGCAAGAGUUGCCAUCCUUCAAAUGGAGACGAAUGUUGGGAAGAACAGCCAGCAUAAACACAGGUCCUAAUGAAGAUUACACAUGCAAGACAGAUCAAACAGGAUACUAUCUGUAUGCUGAGGCCAGUCAUGGAAGCCCAGCUGAUAGCACAGCUGUCACCUUCCCAGAAUUCUCUGUUGACAGUGUCACAAAGAUGCUCAGUUUUGACUAUCAUAUGUUUGGAGAUGAUGUUGGAAGUUUAAUAGUUCAGAUAUAUGAGACAGGUUCCCACACAAAGACAGCUGUCUGGACUAAAUCUGGUAGUCAGUGGAAUACCUGGAUUCAGUCCUGUGUGGAUUUGUCAGACUAUGUGGAUAAAUCAGUCCAGAUUUCCUUUAUAGCUGUCAGGGGUUCAGGACCACUGGGAGAUAUUGCUAUAGAUAAUGUGGAGAUGUUAGAACAAUGUGCAACUACAUAUUCAAUCAGUUGUGAUUUUGAGAGUCAGUGUGAUUACAAACCUGUUAUUUCCCUCGUCGAAUGCAAUCCCUCCUCCUUAAUUUGGAGAAGAUCUCAGCCAGCAUUGGAUGGUAGUUUCCCAUGGGCAGACCACACCUUGCAGUCUGCAUAUGGACACUACUGGGCUGUUGGACAUUAUUCAUCUCGGAUGUCUGUCCAGGAAGGUGAUAUGACCAUGUUGGUCUCCCCUGUGUUUUCGCUUAGAGAGACAGACAUCAUUAAUUUCCAUUUUGCAAAAGGAGAUGAGUCAAAACUUAAAGUUGGCUAUAUUUCAGCUUCAGAACUGUCUCCAAAUUCACGAUUUCCCAAUGUAACAGAGUUUUCAGAUUCUUACACUGGAGUCAAAACAUUAUGGUCAUCUGUAAACACCAUUCCAAUAUGGACUCCAGUGUGUUUAAUGCCAGGACAGAACCUCAGUGACAUCGUGUUGGUGUUUGUUUUUGAAUGUGGUUCCUUCAGAUCUGGCUGUUUUGCUGCUGUUGAUGAUGUUAGUGUGAACACAACUAAUAAAUGCACAGCUGGAUUCACAGAGAGUGGUUGUUCCUUUGACGUGCCCGGUCAUUGCCAAGAAACCUUCAGUUCUGUGGGCUCCUCUAACUUGUUUGGCCCAGAAUUUAUGUGGUAUCACCGAAGGAUAAUAGGAACUCCUUAUUCCUCACCCUCUUCAGCAUCAGUUCCAGGCAUGCCCAGUACAUACCCAUUUGGAGGUUUCAUGUACACUAGUUCAGGGCAUGGAAAAUAUAGAGACACAGCUACAAUGAGUCUUCCAUCAUUCAUGGCUGCCAAGGAUUCCUCGAUAAGUUUUAAGAUGUACAUGUAUGGCCAUGCCAAUUUACAUGUCACAGCUGAUAUAAGUUCUGGAGCCCAGGUGAACUUUGUUACCUACCGUAGUGCUGUAUCCGGAUGGUUUGAUGUGUGUCUUGAUCUUUACGAGGGAGAAGUGAGUCAAGUGUCGUUCACUACAGCCAGAAGCUCAGAUCCAUUCAGUCUCGUUGCUGUUGAUGAAAUCACUUACAAUGAUACAUCAUGCCCUAAGGCAUCAGUCAACUGCACAUUUGAUGAGGAUUUUUGUGGAUACAUAAAAAAUUCAGACUGGACUCUGCAAAAACGGUCCAAUUCCUCUAAUGGUGGGUUCCAUGCUGAGGCUAAGAGAUUGGGAUACUCUGGAUAUUUUACAUCACUUGUGUCUCCUCUUGUCACUGGAGUGUCCGACCGUUCAUGUGUCCAGCUGGAAUAUAUGUUGGGCAAUGAAUUUUCAAAUAAUCUCACUGUGACAUUUAUGGAUGCAGAAAUGGGGAGAAAUGAAUCGUGGAAUGCAGAUAUUUCCAACAGUGGACAGUGGAAGUGGCUGAAUUUGUACUCAAAUUUUAAGUCGUACUAUAUUGUUGUGAUGGCAAGAAUUGGAUACUACAGCAUAAUCAGGAUAGACAACUUAAAAGUUACCCCUGGAGAUUGCCCUCAGAUAGAGUGUUCCAGUGAUCAGUUGGUGUGUGGCAGUGGAGACCAGUGUUACUUAGCUAGUGGGAUUUGUGAUGGACGCCCUGAUUGCUGGGAUCAAACUGAUGAGAUAGGAUGUGGAAGCAACAGUGUAGACUGUGACUUUAACAAAGUAUACCUCUGUGGAUACCAUGGUCAGAACAUCAGACAAGAUUAUAAAGUGGAUCACACUAGAGAACUGAAUCCAACAAACAAUGCCACGGGAGCGGCUGUCUCUAUUGUUUACUACUCGUUUAUGAUUGGAUUGUUGAAGGCACCAGUUAUCAAUGUAACGACAGACUCCUGUCUGACCUUCUACACAAGAGCCACUAACUACAGAUCAUACGUGUCUCUUCUGCGAGUUAUUAGGAACGACACUGACACUCUGACAUCACUGGCUGAAUUCGACACAUCCGUCCGAAAUAAGUGGCUCAGUAGAAGCGUAAACAUCUUUAGCGGAGAGCUAACACUCAUGUUUGAGUUCUCUCCCCUUCACAUUACUCAAACAAGUGCCUCAGAUGGAAUGUAUAUUGAUGAUGUUCAACUCACAGAAGGAUAUUGUGAAAAACAAGUAUGUAAAUCCACGGAGAUCUACUGCAGUGUUGAGGAUGUGUGUUUAUCCUCCAUUGUUAGAUGUAAUGAACAGAAUGACUGCAUAAAUGGGGAGGACGAACGUGGCUGUGUAUUUAGCAUUACAUGUGACUUUAAUGAUGAAGAUUUGUGUGGAUAUUAUGGUAACUGGACCAGAACCAAUAGACUAGAGGGCCUUAAUUCCACCAACAAUACUGAAACAGAUCAGUUCCUUGUUGCUGGAAGUGAUCAUUAUUUAUACAACAGAACCUUGAGGUCACCAAGACAUUUGUUCUAUGGAACAUCAUGUUUGUCAUUGGACGUGGCAAAAGUACAUCUCCAUCCGUACUCGGCAUCAUUCCUUGACGGUGUAUAA